AUGCAGUCCUACGCUCUUCUCGCCUUGGUGGUGGCCGCUGCUGCCAACCCCAUGCCACAGUACUCCGGUGCGCCCAUCCCCGCCUGCGGCUGGACACACACCGUCUUGACCGACGCGGGUGUCACCCAGACCGUGCCCAUCCCGCUUGCGUCGGGUGAAUGCUUACCGUCAAUGACAGUGUCUUCGGCUGCUGCGCCCUCCGCCUCUAUGGUCAUGGAGUGCUCCGAAUACGUCGACGGCCAGCCACAGUGCUCCAUGGUCCCCGCCCCGGCCCCGUCGUGCACUCAAAUUGUAGACGGCCAGCCCCAGUGCCCGGUCUCAAGCGCGGCCCCGGUCUCCAGCGCGGCGCCAGUGUCCUCUGCCGCGCCAGUCUACCCAACUGGCGGGUACAGCACCGGCUACGCUACCGGCUACUACCCAACCGGCACCGGUGUGGCCGCACCCACCGGAACUGGCGUUGGCCCAUACUCCUCCGUCGCUCCCGCGACUGGAGCCGCUGCCACCAAUGGCCCAGUCGCUGGCCUCGUCGCCGUUGCUGGUCUCGCUGUUGCGCUUUUGUAA